UGCCCUCCCAGGCCCCACAAACCUCGACGUUCCGCGCGCCUGCUCCCCUCCCACCGCCAUCGCCCCUUCCAGGCCCUGGGUCCGUCCACUGGGGGCGCGCGCAGUGCGUGGCAGGCGGUAGCGGAGCUGGCGGCCGAGAGCGCGGGUCGCGUGGCGGUGCGUGGUUGCUAGGGGCGCCUGAGGCCGCCUGCUCGCCCAGCAGGCCGAGGAGCAAGCAGCGCGGAGCCGGCACAGUGCCGGGGCGAAGCGGAGUCCUCUCGGCUGAUGGGAUUGACUUCAAGGAUGCAGCUGCUGCUACUGGAAGCGUGUGGCACCUUACCUAGGCUGGGCCAUGAGGCCAUGUGGCCAUGAUGUGGGUCCCUCAUGGCCUCAGCAGGAACAGAGCACUACAGUAUUGGCCUCCGCCAGGGAAACAACUUUAAGCAGACUGGUCCUGCAAGCCCAGCACCUGCCCCGCCACCUAAGAAACCCUCUGAGGGCAAAGUCUGGGCCCAGGCUCAUCAGCAGGUGAAGCCGAUCUGGAAGCUGGAGAAGAAGCCCGUGGGGACACUUUCAGCAAAGCUGGGCCCAGGCUUCUUCGGCGUCCCACCUCAACCAGCAUAUUUCUUUUGCCCUGGCACUUUAUGUAGCUCUGGGACCACAGCUGUCAUUGCAGGCCACAGCAGCUCCUGUUACCUGCAGUCUUUCCCAGACCUGUUCAGCAGUACCCUGCUGUACCGCCGCUCCAACUGUAGGCACAAAACAUACCAGCAACUGGAGUCUUUCUGCCUGCGUUCAGGCCCGUCAGAAAAAAGAUCUUUUUCUCUCCUUCAAAAGAGCCUCCCUGUCGGACUCACUGCCAAUAAGACCACGUCUUCCACGGUUUUCCCCAUGGCCCAGCCCACGGCAUCCUCAUCCACAGAUCCGUACUUCUCACUGGGAGCAGCCGGGGAAAACCCUUCAGGGAAGAGCCUGGCCUCUGCCAUCUCAGGGAAGAUCCCAUCUCCACUCUCUCCUUCUUCCUCCUACAAGCCCACACUAAAUAACAACUCUUUCAUGCGGCCAAAUAGCACUAAAGUGCCUUUGCCACAGGCCACAGAGGGCCUGAAGCCACUGUCCUCACCCAGGAUCCAACUUGUCUCCUGGCAUCAUCCAGGGGGCACUGGAGACUGUGCACUCCAGCCCAUUGAACACAAGGUACCCAAGGGCCAUGGCACCGUCCUAGAGGAUGCCCUUGCCCGUAGCACCCUGUCUACCCCUAGCUCCCUAGACACUUCCGCUACCAGUGUUGCCUCUCCCCAGUACAACCAGAGCAACUUAGCCAUGAGGGCAAAGCCACAUCCCUUUGACCUGGAUGGCGACUCCACUUCCCAGGCUCUGUCCAGGGAGGUUCGGUUCACUGAGGCCGUGAGGAAGUUGACUGCACGAGGCUUUGAGAAGCCAAGGCAAGGCUACCAGUUUGAUCAGUCUUGUUUCAUGAACCCCAGCUUGCAGUGGGAUCUUCUCCACAGGAACAGGCGGUGGAAACCUCCCAUGGUAGAGCAGCAGUUCCCGCAGGAGGAUGCUGGAGCAGACAGUAGGAUCCUCCCUGGAGCUUCGGACACCUUGGAGUUGGAUAGCACAGUCUUCUGCACCAAACGCAUCAGCAUUCACCUCCUUGCCUCACAUGCCAAUGGGCUCAGCCACAGCCCUGCCUGUGGAUCUACGAUCGACCCCCCACCACUUGGAAAAGACAAAACUCCAGCUCUGCCUUCUUCCCCUCAGCCCUGUGGCUUAGCUGACGUGGCCAUCCGCCUCUCUUCCAUCCAUCUGGGCCAGCUUGGGAAGGAGGGACCUAAAGAAGCCAGGGAGCUGGACUCAUCUGCUAGGGAUAUUGGCUCAGCUACUGACCUCCAGCUAGACCAGACUGAAGCUGAAGAUCUAGAAGAAGAGCUAGUAGAUGGUUUGGAAGACUGCUGCAGCCAUGAUGAGAAUGAGGAGGAGGAAGGAGACGCAGAGUGCUCCUCAUUCAAUGCCGUCUCCCCCAGCGAGUCGAUAGCAGUCAUCUCUCGGAGCUGCAUGGAGAUUCUGACCAAACCUCUUUCGAGUGAGAAAGUUGUCCGACCAGCCCUUGUCUAUAGCCUGUUUCCCAACGUGCCCCCUACCAUCUAUUUUAGUACUCGGGAUGAGAGAGUGGAGAAACUUCCCUGGGAACAGAGGAAACUGCUCCGGUGGAAGAUGAGUGCAGUGACCCCCAACAUUGUCAAGCAGACCAUUGGACGGUCCCACUUCAAAAUCAGCAAGAGAAAUGAUGACUGGCUGGGCUGCUGGGGUCACCACAUGAAGUCUCCUGGUUUCCGAGCCAUUCGGGAACAUCAGAAGCUAAACCACUUCCCAGGUUCAUUCCAGAUUGGGCGAAAGGACCGACUGUGGCGGAACCUGUCCCGCAUGCAGAGCCGCUUUGGCAAGAAGGAGUUCAGCUUCUUCCCCCAAUCCUUUAUCCUGCCCCAGGACGCCAAGCUCCUGCGCAAAGCCUGGGAGAGCAGCAGCCGCCAAAAGUGGAUUGUUAAACCACCAGCAUCAGCUCGAGGCAUUGGCAUCCAGGUCAUUCACAAGUGGAGUCAGCUCCCCAAGCGACGGCCCCUUCUAGUACAGAGGUAUCUACAUAAACCCUACCUCAUCAGCGGCAGCAAGUUUGAUCUGCGCAUCUAUGUUUACGUCACCUCCUAUGAUCCUCUACGGAUUUACCUCUUUUCUGAUGGACUUGUCCGCUUUGCCAGUUGCAAGUAUUCCCCCUCCAUGAAGAGCCUUGGCAACAAGUUCAUGCAUCUGACCAACUACAGUGUCAAUAUAAAGAAUGCUGAGUACCAGGCCAAUGCAGAUGAAACGGCCUGCCAGGGCCACAAAUGGGCACUGAAGGCUUUAUGGAACUACCUGAGCCAGAAGGGAGUCAAUAGUGAUGCCAUCUGGGAGAAGAUCAAGGAUGUUGUUGUCAAAACCAUCAUCUCGUCAGAACCAUACGUGACCAGCCUGCUGAAGAUGUACGUGCGGCGACCCUACAGCUGCCAUGAGCUCUUUGGUUUCGACAUCAUGCUUGAUGAGAACCUCAAGCCCUGGGUCCUGGAAGUCAACAUUUCCCCGAGCCUCCAUUCCAACUCUCCGCUGGACAUCAGCAUCAAAGGCCAAAUGAUCCGUGACCUUCUGAACUUGGCGGGCUUUGUUCUGCCCAACGCAGAGGAUAUCAUUUCCAGCUCCAGCAGCUCCAGCAGCUCCACCACCAGCCUGCCCAUCUCCCCCAGAGACAAAUGUCAAAUGGCCCCAGAGCACUUCGCUGCACAGAAGAUGAAGAAAGCCUACUACCUGGCCCAGAAAACUCCUGAUCAGGACUUCUAUGCAUCUGUCCUGGAUGUCCUGACACCAGAUGACGUUCGGGUUCUGGUUGAGAUGGAGGAUGAGUUUUCUCGCCGGGGUCAAUUUGAACGGAUUUUUCCUUCUCGAAUCUCUUCUCGCUAUCUCCGCUUUUUUGAGCAGCCACGAUAUUUCAACAUUCUCACCACCCAGUGGGAACAGAAGUACCAUGGCAACAAGCUCAAAGGAGUAGAUCUGCUUCGGAGUUGGUGCUACAAAGGGUUCCACAUAGGAGCUGUCUCUGAUUCUGCUCCAGUGUGGUCUCUCCCGACAUCACUUCUGACUGACACAACGCUCAAUGCUUUCUCCAAAUCAGAGACUGGCAAGCUGGGAAAACACAGCUCCUCUGAGGGAAUAGUACCACUCCCUGAUGAUGGGACCACACCCAAGCCCAAGAAGACUCAAGCUGGCCUUUCCUCUUUCCCCAGGAAUCCUAUUUCUUCAAAGGACAGUGAGGACACCAGCAAAGAGCCCAGCCUCUCCACCCACAUGUUACCUGUGGUCAUGUAGUCUGGGCAGACUUUGACACUCUCUGCUUCCCCCACUUCCCAGUCAACCGGUGACUCCCUCCUGGCUGCUGUGAGCCCAUGACUGGCCUCUCUCCACUAGCCCCUGCCCAGGAGCACCACUGUUAGCUACCUCAUGGGAACCGGUCAGCUGGCCAGCCUGAGCCCCUGCCCCCUCCACCGUGCCCCUCCUGAGAGUAUUUUUUGAAGUGGUUGAAUUCCAGAAAUGGGUAUCUGGAGGGCUGGAGGGGUGGUGGGAACGGGAAAAAGGUGAGGAAGGUUCACUGGCUGGUACCUCAUAUCUCAGCAGAGAAGCCAAUGAUGGCCACUCAGCCUUAUAAAGCAGGAUUUGGUUUCUAUCCUCAGAGAGCCAUGUGUGGUUUAUUUUAGGCCUUGGUACAGUGAUUGAAUUAUAGUUCAAGAGGAGAAAACAUAGUGAACAUAUUUGAGCCUGAAGUCCUUUGUCUAUAAUUGAGGAGGUUCUUUUGAAGGUCUUCAUCUCCUCAUAUCUCACCCUCUGUCCUGAGGAGCCACUUUCAGAAACCGUCAGGCUUCCUCAGUAGACAGGGAGAGGCCAUGACAUGAUGAACUCACUUCCUGUCAACCUCAUCUUGGGAGCUUCACCACCGCCAGACCAUUUAUCUUUUCAUACAUCCACCCUGCCAGUAGCCCUAGGUCUUCCUAUUCUGACCUCACAUCACGACUUGGUCAGCCUUCUAGACUUCUCUCUCAUGGAUGUUACCUCUUCAGCUGUUGACUUGCUGAGGGUGAGAGGUUCUGUGAACUUUGUGAAUUUCAAUGAAGGACCCAGAUAAUCCCAGUUGCUGUUGUCUGUGUCCAUAUAUCAAAGGACACAGCCCUGGGGGACGGUCGAAGGAGUGGUGAUUUCCCCGCGACCAGAGGAAGGCUCACGUUCCGCUUACUUCCUUUGCUGUCUCUGAAUAGCUGGCUCUGGCUCACAGGUCGCUAGGGCAAGCAGGGUCUGGUGGCAUGGCAGAUGGGUUUCAGAAGCAGCCACCAUUAUAGGCUGGGCUCCUAGUCAGACAACUGAUUAACUCUGAUGUUCUUAACUGAAUCUACCUCCCUCUCCAAGUCUCAGUGAUAGUGAACUGUACAGAUGGAGAUCUCCAAGGAUACUGGCACCUGAACCAGAAGUUCUACUUCUUUGUCCCCCGGGGCAGAGUGAAGCCAGGUGGGAGAGUUUGGAUCAGAAAGGUUGUUUUCACUCGAACAGUGCUCCUCCUAACCCCGCACUUUCUGGUUGCUGCUUGCCCCCUCCCUAGCCCUGCAACCUCUUUACUUUGUGUUGCUAGCAGCCUCUGGUCCCUACAAGAAGCUGACUUGUCCCCGUCUGUGAUACCCAAGUUUCCACCUUUGCACAUCAGGCAGGAAGCUCCCCCCCUGGGCCCUCUGCCUCCAUUUUCCUCCCAGAGCUUUUGAAAAAUGCUCUACUCUGUGGCAUGGCUCCUGGAGUUCUGUGGUGAGUUCAGAUGGAGCCAGGAAAAAAACCACUGAGAGCCCUGACUAGGUGUAAGGCCACACAGUAGAUGACUGUGCUGGCCAGUGUGACGGCCAUAUUGGCCGUUGUGGAAAAAGCUUGGUGGCAGAGCCCUGGGACAGCUCCUGCUGCUCUGUAGUAAAGAAGUCAAAUUCAAGCCCAGUAGCAGAGGUCCAUGAAGCCAACUCUCUCUUUAAACUUUCAUCACAUUUAAGUAUCUGAUAGGUCAGUGUUUUGUUGGGUGGGAGAAGGAACGGGGCUUAUGUAUCGUAUUUCCCUUUCACCCUUGAGAGAAAAUGAAAUCCUGCUUAUUAAGCAUUCAGUAUACAUACUUAGCGAUGAAUACCUACAGUAUCAGGUAUUCAGCCGAAUAAGGAAUUCGGGGGAAGUAAUGAGUUUUGUUUUGUUUUUUUUUAAAGGUUUAAAUUUGGGGGUAUAGUAGAAUAAAUGUUUGUCAGAACAUGUCAGUUGUUUUCCUAAGUUGAUAACUUACCCAGACCCUGUUUAGAGGAAGGGGCGUGAAUGCUCGAGUCAAGGAA